AUGUUCAUGUGCAUUUAUCUCGAUCGUGUUUCUUGCACCUCUCUUAUUGGUGUUGUGAAUUCUGUAUGUGAAGUUUGUUGCCAGAAGGUAGAUUGGACUUGUGGAGGUUAUUUUUGUCAAAUAUUUACUGGUUAUGUCGUUCAUUCGAAAUGUGCUACCAAGAAGGAUGUUUGGAAUUUCGGGAAAGAACUCGAAGGUAUAACCGAAGAAACAGAAGAACAAUAUGUGGUAAUAGAUGACAACACAAUACAAUAUUUCAGCCACAAAGAUCAUUUGUACUUAAGACUCAAUGCUGAUGGUCUUCUCUGCAAGGAGAACAGGCGUUGCAAAGCAUGUGCCCAUCAUAUCUGUCUACAAUCCUUCUAUGGCUGGAUGGAUUGCGGUUUUGUUAUCCCCCAAACUUGCGCUGAACUUCCUACAAGGAAAAGGCAUGUGUUACACAAUGAACGACGACUUACUUUAGUUACAAGCGAGGCCGAGUGGUUCUAGUAUGGUGCUUGUCAUAGAAUGUCCAACGGUUUCAGGUACAAGCAUGGAGAUAAGAAAUUAAUUAUCUUGUGCGGUACAAUUACUGAGUCAUUUGUGCAUCCAAGUCAUCCCAAUCAUCCUUUAUAUUAAAUUCCACGAGAUGAAGCUGAAUUCUGCAAUGGUUGAAGGGGAUAUAUUAUGCUCUGAUGCAUUGAAGAUGGUUGUGAAUUUGUUUUGGACUUCAAAUGCACCACUUUACCACAAGUGGUGAAGCGUAGAGUUGACGAUCAUUCUCUCUCACUAUGCUCUGGAGAAAAGGCAAGUGGUAAAUAUUAUUGGUGUGACAUUUACGAGAAAGAAGCCAAUUCAGAGACAUGGUUCUACACAUGUAAAGAUCACCUAGCUAGUUUGCAUACAGAGUGUGUGCUCAUCGGGGACUUGUCAGGGCUCAUGCCAAGAAGUACAAUGAAUUUUUGGGGCGAAAUCUUUGAGGUGGUGCUCAAUAAAAGUCGUUUCACAAGACGUCUGUGA